AUGCAUAAACUCGUUAAAUUCAAUACUUUGACUACAAGACAUCAUCUCACAUAUCAAACAAGAUCUUUGUCUACAAGUCGAUACGCUUUCUUUAGAAAGAACCCUGGUUUUGAUGAAAUCAAAGUUCAUAAUGAAGAUAGCUUAAUGGAAAAUGCACCUGAAUGGAAGCAAAGUACUGCUACUGAAAGCGAAGCUGAUAUCAAAGCUGAAAGAGAGCCUGAAGUUAGCCCAGAAAUCUUAAAAGAAGAAACUGCUGAGUGGGUUCGCUCGCAUAAAAGUCGAGAUGGAAGUAUUCCUCCACAAUAA